AUGCCCAUCUACAACAGUCUAUAUUCGAAUCUUGCACGACAAGGUUUUGCAAAAUCAGUUACUCACGGUUACGCUCAAUCAGUCGUCGCCGCAACUCACCCUCAAACUUUAGCAAACCAGAACCGAUCUGGUCGAGGAUUACAACGUCGAACUAGCAAGCUUGGCCACCUACCAACUUAUACCUUUCAAAAUGCUUUUCACACAAGCUCCAAUUCCACUGGUACGACCCUCGUGCAGGAUAGACCAGAAGGAUUAGAGAUAUUAUCAGAUGCCUGGAAGGCAAAUGAAUUAGCAAAGGAGGAGAAGAAAGCUCAAUUCCCAAAAUGCAUCGAAUGGAAACCAGCUUCGAUUCAGGUAGAUGGAGAGGGAAAGAGCAAUGUUGUUGCUAGUGAUGCGACGAAAGAUACCCCUAAGCAGGUUGAGAGGUCUUAUAGCACUAGUGCGGUAGAUGAUAUCAAGCAAGUUCAUUUUGAGGCCGAGGAAGAAGCUGCCUUGGCAAAGAUUGAUGCGGCGAUUGAGAAGGAAAUUCAAUCGAGAGAGAAUCAAGCUGCAUUUGAGGCCGAAUUGAGUGUUGUUGCAGCACGUGUACCGACACCUCCUAUUGCGCCAGUUCAGUCACCUGCUCUCACAGUCGAGACUAACUUCGAGAAAUCGGAACGUUCGCGAUCACCUGUUAGCUCUGCUACAUCAGCCACCUCAGCUUCCGAUCUUCAAUCAUUGAGCUAUGCCGAACAUCUCACCAAACUUGCGGAAGGCGGCAGACAUGCUGAAAUUCCCGCAGUAUUUGAGGCUAUGCUUGUCGGUGGUAUCAAACCAACGGCAACUGCAUACAACGCUCUUCUUGAUGCCGCUAUUCAUCUACCUGCCGAUCAGAUCCAAGUCGUUCCAAAGGCACUUGACGUUUAUUCUGAUAUGCUUAGACGAAAGGUCUCGCCAGAUACUGCGACAUACAACACACUUAUCAAAUUGAUUGCUUCUCGAUCCAUUACUGUAACUUCAUUGAAACAGACAUUGGAAGAGAAGCGUGUUAGAUUUGGGGGAAUGGAAGAACCGGGCAAGUUUAUGUUUGCCUCUAAUGAAUUGGAGUUUGCUAUCCUUGCCGAAGAUGACAGAUUAGAUCUUGCCGUUAGGUUGUUUGAUGCAUCAAUCUCGUACCACACGGAUCGUUCAUUCCCAGCAGAGACUUAUCAUCAGCUCAUUUCUGCCUGUGCUGAUGCUGGUCGAGUCCCAGAUAUGGUACGAUUGUAUGAACAUAUGGAGACUAGCAAGGUUGUACCAUUGGCUGCUACUUUCCCACACAUGAUCAAAGGGUUUACCAAAUCAGGUGAUUUAAGUAGUGCUGUCGAAUGUUACAAUGAGUACAAAGAGUUGGCCGUCGCAGAUGAUAGCGGCAAACUUCACUUGUCUGAUCGUCAAGACGCACAGAUCUACGCCUCUGUUGUCAAAGCUUACGUCACUUGCGAUAAAAUGGAAGGGGCCAUGAAGUUUUACAACAGAAUUGUCGAAGGAUACGGAGAAGAUGUUGAGGCCUUCAGAGAUGUACUUAUUGGUGAAGGUUUUGUCCAGGGUCUUCUUGAACGCAAUAUGUUGACUGAUGCUCUUAGCUGGGCUGAAGGUCUUCAACCCACCACCAAGUCUACGGUAAUGAGCACAAUCUCAAUGCAUGCUGCCGACAAAGGAGAAAAAUCUGUUGCUGUCGCUGCUUUCUCUCACGUCAAUCCCGAUCCGACUAUUGCCAAGCCAACUAUGGCAUUGUUGGCUUUGAGUGUUCGCAGUGGUGAUGUCGCUGCAGCUCAAAGAUACUGGGGCAUCCUCACUGCCGCGGAAAUGCCUGUGUCAUCCGCCUUCAUUGAACCAACUGCCAUGUUCGCUGUGGCUAUGAUUGGCUCCGGACAGGUUCUCGAGGGUCUCGCACAAUCCGAACAAAUGUUUUCAAGAAUCAGAGAAUCUGCUAUCGAUGUAAAUUCUCACCUGGCUGAUGAGAUUGAAGAAGGUGUUGAGUUCAUUGCCCGAUUCAUGAAGUCACAUGGUAUUGUCGAUCCCCGCGACGCAGCAGUGGCCGAAGCUAUGUAUCAACAAAGCUUUCAACCUGCUGUAUAUGUUGCACCACCUACAUUCGAGGAUACUUUUGAUCCAUAUGCCGCUUCUACCGAUUUCAAAGGCUCAGCUCUUAUCGCUGAUGAACUCGAGCGAGGUGCUGGUCGUGGUAAAGCAUCUAAGCUUAAUGAUGCCAUGGGAAGAUUCAGAAAUAUGCGUCGCGCUGGUCGUCAUCCAAGAUACAUUACUUAUGCUAAGCUAAUUUCUGCUGCUGCUCGCGAGGAACGAAUGCCUUUGGUCAAUGAUAUUCUUGGUAUGGCACGAGCUGAUGUACCUUUACUUGUUCAAUAUCCUAUCGUUCGAUAUGGUUGGGUUUCAAUCCUCGACGCUAUGGUUGGUGCUUGCCUGACUCUUGGAAACCGCAACCUUGCUGCCCAAUACCAUCAAGAACUUCUUGACAUGGGUGCUGCACCAACAGCGAACACUUUCGGUCUUUACAUCACCACUUUGAAGGAAUCAACCAAGACUUUUGAUGAAGCUUCAGAAGCUGUCAAGAUCUUCCACCGUGCCAAGACUGAAGGUGUUGAACCUUCGUCCUUCUUGUAUAAUGCUCUCAUUGGUAAACUCGGAAAGGCUCGUCGUAUUGAUGAUUGUCUCUUUUACUUUGCCGAGAUGCGUGCUCUUGGUAUUCGCCCAACAAGUGUUACUUAUGGUACAAUCGUCAAUGCUCUUUGCCGUGUUAGCGAUGAAAAGUUUGCCGAGGAAUUGUUCGAAGAGAUGGAAGCUAUGCCAAACUACAAGGCUAGACCCGCUCCGUACAACAGCUUGAUGCAAUUCUUCCUCACCACCAAGCGUGAUAAGACAAAGGUCCUCGCGUACUACGAACGAAUGAAGUCCAAGGGUAUUCAACCAACCAAUCACACUUACAAGUUACUUGUCGAUACGCAUGCUACUCUCGAACCUGUUGAUAUGACAGCCGCCGAAGCCAUUCUCGACACCAUUCGUAGCAAUGGCGAGAAGCCAGAAGCUGUCCACUACUCUUCAUUGAUCCAUGCCAAGGGUUGUGUUAUGCAUGAUAUGGAAGGUGCUCGAAAGGUUUUCGAUUCCGUUAUGACUGACUCCUCCAUCCGUCCUCAAGCAUGUCUCUACCAAGCCUUGUUUGAAUCCAUGGUUGCUAAUCACAACGUCGCUGAUACCGAACCCGUUCUCGCCGAUAUGUCUGCUAGAGGUGUCGCGAUGACUCCAUAUAUUGCCAAUACUCUCAUUCAUGGUUGGGCUAAUGAGCGCAACAUUGAAAAGAGUAAAUCGAUUUUCGCAACUGUCGGAAGAGAAAAGCGAGAGCCAAGUACCUACGAAGCAAUGACUAGAGCUUAUCUUGCCGUUGAGGACAGAGAAAGCGCUAAGGAUGUUGUUCAGGAAAUGCUUAGCAGAGGAUACCCAGGAGCUGUUUCUAACAAGAUUCUGGAAUUGCUUGGUGGUCAUGUCGAAACUUCUUAA